CUGUGCCUCCAUGAUACUUGCUGCUGUUUAUCAUUUGUAAUUCAUCCAGUAGUAUUCGUCGGGCAUGUUCAGUUAAACGCACUGCGGCAGUAAACAAAUGGCCUUCGCUCUGCCGGUGUGGCUCGCGGUCCAGGAUGAGCUCCUCGGGUAUGGCGAAGUGGACUGCGGGCCUCCGAGCUGCUUCGACGAGUUCGAGGACGAAGCUUUGUUCCAGAUGUUCCACCUCACCAGACCUUGCAUCUCGUUCAUCACAGACGCCGCCCGCAUCCGCAUGAAGAACGUCGCUUUGAAGAAACCCGGGCUGUCCGUGGACUCGAUGCUCAUGGUGGCGCUGAACUAUUACGCGCACGGAGUCUCCUCCGCUCCCGUCCUGCAGAAAGUUGGACUCAGCCAGACGGAGUGCUACUCGGUCAUCGGCACAGUCUCUGGGGUCAUCGCGGGGAUGUCCGAUCAGUUCAUCUCAUUCCCGCUGAUCCAGCAAGCCAGAGCCAACGUCGCCUUCAAGAUAGAGAAAUUAUGUGGGAUCCCCAAUGUCCUGGGCGUCCUGGCUCCAGCUCACUUCAAGAUCAGAGCCUCUCCCUACGAGAAGGACACGUUCAGGUCUUUUGUAAACACCUUGGGUUACACGUCGGUCGUGAGCCAGAUCAUCUCAGACUCUGACGGCAACAUACUGAGCGUUGAAAAAUGCUGUGUGGGCAGCACGUUUGAGCAGGAAAUGUGGGACUCGUCGUUCAAAGGAAGAGAAAUGGAGGAGGACUUGCACGGACCAUUUUGGGUUAUUGGUGGGAAAGGCUACCAAUUAAGUAAACAUGUCUUGACUCCUGUGUCAGAGCCUACAAAUGACAGUGAGUUCCGCUUUAAUGAGGCCCACGCAAAGAUCCACAACGUCAUGCGGACAACGCUCGGCUCCAUGAAGAGGCGUUUCAGAUGCCUGAUGCAACUGGGUUUUGCACAAGAAGGCUCUUUGGACAAAAAGUCCAACAUUAUCAAGGCGUGCUGUGUCCUGCACAACAUCGCUAAGAAGUUCUCUGACCCUCCUCCUCCUGUAGCUGGUAAAAUUGAGCCCCUGCUUCCAGGCAAGCAGCAUUCAGUGGCAGUAGAGAUCAACACUGAGGCUCUAAAAGCCAGACAGGAACUCAUCUUCAAAAACUUCUCCGCUGUCUCCAGUAGUCAGGACCCACCGAGUACAGGCAUAACAGAGGAGGACAUGUGAGCAGAGCAGGUGUGUUGCCUGCUCUAGAGGAUCAUCGACAUACUGUUAAAGACAAACACUGGAACCAAAUCCCAGCUUUUAAUUGCAAGACUUAUACACAGUUUGAGGCAAGUUGCUGUUAUCAUGUCACUUUGGCAGCAUUUUCAUCUCGUUUGCAGAUUUUUUAAAACCACAUUAUGGUGAUUUUGUUACUAAAAAUACUUUAUUUCUUGUACAAAUAAAAAACAUACUUAUCUACCUACAUUUCUUAUAAAUAAAUUCAAUUUGAAAACA